GGAGUGCGCAAUUUUUAUAAUGUGCUGUACAGUUCUCAAUUGGUAUGUUUUUACUUACAUUUUUUAUCAAAUUUAUAAAACUGGAACUUAAAGUAGGAAAACGUAAAACAGUAUGCCCAGCCUGUUCAGCCAAAGUAUCGCAUACAUACUGUUUUCUAAUUGCAUAUGAAUUUUGGAUUUUCAAAAGUUGCGCUUUGUUGCAACUGAAUUGAAAAUAAAUAUCAUUUUCUAACAAAUAUUCCUGGAUUUCGGUUUUUGAAUUUGAUGAGGCUGGUGCUUUGCGUAGCAGACGGCUGUAAUAGCUAGCGCUAUCCAUGACAAUAAAACCGUCAUUGGGAAUAUUGUUGAAAAGAUUGUUUUCAAAUCAAUUUUCCAAAAAUUCGGCACUUGUAUCCUCAUGAUAAUCCAAGCUAGAAUCCUUAAUAUUCUUUGCAGAAACAGCAAGUAAAUACGUCUUCUGAGCCAGCGUGUAUUAUGGUGGUGAAUUUUUCUUUAUUUGAAGGUGUCAUCGACCCCUCCUUUGGAUGCAGUGUCAUGUGUAUCAAACCAUAUUUAGUCAAGGUAAACUGUUGUCUAAAAUAUGUGUGAUUCUAUUACUACUUGCCUUUUGCCUAUUUUGCUGUAAUUAAAUCGCAUUUUACAAACAACUCUAUGGAGGCUGGCAAGGCUCAUAUUUAUAUUGGUUUCAUCUGCUAGCUUCUUUUUCAGUUUAUACAUGGUAGGAACAACUUCGCUUUGAUAAAGGCAAUAUAUUUUCCUUCUUAUUAGGUCCUGAUCGCUAUUGUCUAUACGGUGAGUCUGAAAAUCACUACGUUUAUUACUAUUCAAUUCUCCACUAUUAAUUAUGUCUCUUAUCGACUAUAUUGGCGUUUUUUUUUUAAGUAGACAGGUUUCUUUUAAAGCUUCUUGUUGAAUGAGUCCCCUACUGAUUAAAGUUUCAUACACAUUUUUCACAACCGGUUUUGCAUCAAUAAUUCCGGUUUGACAUUGUUAUAUUCUCGUAAAAUAACUUUUUGGAAACGGACAGUAAAAAUGAUUAGUCAACACUGCCGCAAAAUGGUCAGCACUCAAGAAAUAUAUCAGAAAGAAAGAAAUAUACUUGGCCCACCCCUGCCUUGUCACUAAAGUAAAAAUAUUUUUAUUAAUGGCUUUAUGGUAAUAACAGUUUUAUUGGUGAGGGUCCGUCGAAAAACACUGAUAAAUGCUUGCAAAUCGGAAUUUAUUGGUUCAUUGAUGGUAAAGUGCCUUCCGUUUAUGACAGGUCAGGCAAGACGUGACCAUUUAUCGUGUGCUGCAUUAACGGUGCCGGAUGCUACGGGGUUUGCAUUUUUAAUGACUUCUAUAGAUCGCUGAUCGUACUAUAUCCUAAACACGAGUUUGGGUGUUUGCGUUUACGACUCGCAAAUGGAAAAUGUCGACGAAACGACAAAACGCAAACAUUUGCGCGCGAAUUUUCCGCCAAACUUAAGGUCGAACUCAUUAAGCUAUUCGUUUUAAUCUUUCGAGGUAAUUUAAUGUAAGAUUCCCUAAUCUCACAGUAAACACAGAGACUACAAUAACGAUGCAUCCGUAUCGUUGUCGCGGUACUUUGGCGGCGGUUCGCGAUGUAGUGAGUGUGCGGUGUCCUCAACGAAAACCAAGAUGUCGCUGGAAAAGGCCAAGAGCAUCGAGGCCGGCAUGCAGGCUGUCGGUUGUGACGCGAAACAAACCAUCCUCGAAAAAGCGAAGUACGUUUGGUCCAACAUGAGCGUCGAGCCGGUCCUCUUCUGCUACAUAAUGCCGAGCGUCAUGAACACGAUGGCCACGCAAAACCUGAGCUUGGAAAAGUCCUGCAGGGUUAAUCUGGCCCUCGGCGUCGACGUCUGCGACGCUCUGACGUUACGUAACGCGUCGGCUUACGCUGCCGAAGAAGAAAGGGUCCAGACGCUAGCGACGUCGAUGGCGGUGUGGAAAAACGUCAUACAGAGCGCGUUCGCCUCCACGUUACUCCUCUUUCUCGGCGCCUGGAGCGACCGUCACCGACGGAGAAAGCCUUGCAUCCUCGCGCCCAUCCUCGGCGACAUAACCAUGUGCCUGGGGUUGCUAGCGUGUACCUACUUCUUCUACGAGUUACCGCUGGAAGUCAACACGGUGUUCGAGUCUUUACCGCCAGCCAUCACGGGCACUUGGUUCUCCAUGUUCGUAGGUGUUUUUAGCUACGUCAGCGACGUCUCCUCCGAGGAGGAAAGGACGGUCCGCAUCGGUGCAGUGAAUCUGGUGUACAACGUAAGCGUGUGCGUGGGGACCGCUUUGAGCGGAAUUCUAUACAGCUCGAUCGGAUUCUACGGCGUCUACUGUACCUCGUUGGCGUUUUAUUUCACGGGUUUUUUUUACGCGUGCUUCGCGUUGAGGGACGUUUACGAACUACCCGAUACAGAACGCGCGGGAGAUCCGGUCAAAGGCCAGAAGUUGUGGCGUGAUCUGUUCCACUUUGGCCACGCGGCGGACACUUUGAAGUCCGUCGUCAAAGUGAAAGGGAAACGCGGCAAUUCGAAACGCGUCUGCGCCAUCAUGUUCCUGUUCCUGGUGAUUUUGGGGCCACUGUACGGCGAAUUUAACGUCGUUUACUUUUAUGUACGGUACAAGUUUGGAUUCGACGCAAUGCAGUACAGUUUCUUUUCCACAUUUCAACUUGUUACCGGCAGUCUGGGUACCUCAUUUUCCCUAUCUUUUUUCUCAAAAUUCCUCGGACUCGACGACGCCAUUUUGGGUAUUAUUUCGUGCUCCAGCAAAGUCCUGGCUGCUGGAAUUUACGCCUUUGCUCCGACGCCAUUUUAUUUUUAUCUGGGAGCGGUCGUGGAAUUUUUGAACGGAACUUCGUUUAUCGCAAUCAGAGCUAUGAUUUCCAAACUUGUGCCGCCCGAAGAAUUGGGAAAAGUUAAUUCCAUGUUCGGAGUGGGGGAGGCCAUGGUGCCGUUGAUAUACGUACCUUUAUACAGCAGAAUUUACGCACAUACAAUCAGCGUGUUUCCCGGCUGUUUUUACAUUGUGGGCGGGGCGCUGAUUAUCCCGGCAAUGUUAAUAUUUUUCUGGCUGUAUCGAGAGCACGAGAAAGAUUUACGAUAUGAAAAAGAGAUGGCACCCACGCAGGUCGCCCUAGUUAAAACCGCGAAUGACCCAAAUCAACAGGACGACGAUCGCUAACGAAUCUCCAUAGUCAUUGUUAUAAUACUACGUACAAAGCGUGUUCUUAAUUAAUAUAAUAUGAAAAUCCCGUAAAUUUUGUUAAAAUUUACCAAUUUUGAUUAGUAGGUAAAAUUGCAGGUUAUGCCAAACUCGCAGAAGCAUGGAGUAUAAAUAGAUGGGGAAAAUCGGUCGUUUCAAAUUUUCCAUGUUGAUUAAAAUCUAGUCACAAAUUAGUUAAAGCAAACGGAAUAUUUUAAAUUUUGAAACUUUGUUAUUUUUUACCGUUUUGUCCAAAAUAAAAUCUAUUUUAUAUGGUAAUAUGGUUUUGUAUAAUUUUUCUACCUUUCCUUUUAUUUGUCAAAUAUAUAUUAUUAGAUCGGCGAGGUUGACGUUACAUAAUGAAGCACCAGGUGAAUUUUAGCUUCUCGAUAAAUACUUCAAGAAUGUGUUUAUGUUGUCAAAAAUUUCUUUUUUUAGUUUCGACAAGAGAAAACGAUACAGGCCGCAAUGCAUUCUUAAAAUAGUUAAGACAAAACUGAACAUAUAUAUUUGACCAUUUUAUAAAAGACGUUGAUAUUUUUGUUGCCUAUAUUUCCAAUUUUAAUGUAAUUAAUUUUUUUCAUUGCAAUAUUUAAAGGAGAAAAAAUGACCUAACUUUUAACCAUCCCAGUAUCCUAACCUUUGUGCCUCCCAGAGAUGGUAUAAAAAGACCAAGAUGGUCGGCUUGAAAGGCCGUUUCAUGUUAUGUUUACGUAGUAU